AUGACCACGAGAAGCGCCGUAAUUAAUGCCACGGAAAUAUGUGUUACGACGGGUGUUAUCGUCGGUGGUGUAAUACCCGUUGUCAGCGGUGCAAUCACAGCUAUUGAUAGAAUAACGUGUUUAAUUCAGAAAGCUAUGUUUAAUAAGGCCCUCUGCGCCUUUAUUGGAGAGCGCUUAGAUAAUGCAAGAUUGACUCUGAAAGAAUCUGCUAAUGACAUAGACGAGAAAGUCCUGGAGCGUUAUUUAAAAGUGUUAAGAGAAAUUGAAGACGAUAUUAAAUUGAUAUCUGAAAGUAAACAAAAAUUCAAACUUUGGAUACUUACAAAGAAAGUUGUAAACGCCAAAGAGGUUGAAGAAAAGCUUAUAAUACUAUAUAAGAAACUCGAUGCUGCCAAUGAUGAACUCUUUUUAUCGGUCUUGAAAGGCACGCAUCAAAUCGUUACGAAAAUGAAGGAUGAGAUACCGGAGCAACUUCGAAAGCUCAUCCGAAUACUUACCAUGAAACUUGACAUUGAUGAUUUGAAAAUAAGUGAUUGGCAAAUCAAUGAUGUUAUUUUAGACAAUAAAAAGAUAAGCGAGUUGCGCAAUCAGCCAAAAGUUAUUCGGGGUAAUAUUUCGAAGAAAAAAUUUCUCACACAGGACGUUGCGCAAAAACUUCUCGAUUCUUGUGAUAGUAAUUCUUGUAAAAUUAUUAAUAUGCUCAAGUUGUUAGCUGAUUGUAAAAAUGUCAUAGAAUUUUUCGGUAUCUAUAAAUUGAGCGGCGAUCAAUACUUGAUCACUGAAUGGUGCGAACAUGGUAACCUUGAAGAAUAUUUGUUGCGAAAUCCGGGGCUCGACUGGAAUGUAAAAGUCAACAUCGCUACAGGUAUAGCUAAUGGGGUAGUAUUCUGUCAUGAUCGAGAUAUCCUCCACCAUGAUAUUAGGAGCUCCAAUAUAAUGCUUGAUGCACAUUUGUGCCCAAAGCUCUCGAACUUUGAACUGAGCCGAAGAGAACAAGAUAAUACUGUUCCUGGUCUUCAAUUGGCAGACGCUGCUAGAUACAUGGCACCUGAGAAAAUCAAAGAUAAAAAGAAUCCUUACACGAAAGAGUGUGACAUUUUUAGCCUUGGAAUUGUCCUUUGGGUAAUUGCUAUGCAAGAAAAGCCGUACGCAAACAUUAAGAGCUUCCAAAAAAUCGAGGACUCUGUCAUGGAAGGAAACCGCCCGAAACCUGUAGAUGAAAACAUUCCAAUUAAAUACCAGAAUAUCAUGAAAAAGGCAUGGGAUAACGAUAGCAAUUACCGCCCGGUAGCAAGUAUAAUGUAUGAGGGGCUUUCCAAGUGUUUGGAAGAUGAUGACGUUUAUCCUGUGAAGGAUGAGCCUAAAGAUUUAACACUAAAUUCGGAUAGUGACAACAUUCAACUUGAUGAAGCCGGAUUAUACAAAAAAGCAGUUGGCUAUCAUCAAAGUCAAAAGCGCGAAGAAGCCUUUCGCAUUUUCUAUGAAUUAGCAAAUGUCGGUCACAAAGAAUCGUUGUUUUACCUCGGCUAUUACUAUGCAAACGGGUAUAUCGUAUCUAAAGAUAAUAAAAAGGCUCUCAAAUAUUACAGAGAGUCCGCUGAUAAAGACUGCAGUGAUGCAGUAUAUCACUACGCGGAAGCCUGUCUAAAAUUGGCUCAUGAGUAUAUGGAAAAGGCAAUAAAACUUGGACAGUUUAAGGCAGGCAUAAAAUUAGCUGAGUAUAAUAUCUCUCAAACUUGUUCACAGGAUAAGUGUCACAAACUCUUGGGAUACUUAGAUGCUGAUGAGGUUAGACUGAGCAAACUGAAACCAAAGGUAGCGGAGUUGUAUCGAGAAAGAAUCGAAAGAUUACGAAAUGAGAUCAAGCAGAUGCAAAAUCAACUAACUAAAUAA